AUGAAAACUAACGGAAAAAUGAUUAUUCUGAAGCCCACUUGGAUAAAUCACGACGAAAACAAGCCUAUUUUUUCGGUCGAUAUUCAUCCAAACGGCUCUAGAUUUGCGACGGGCGGACAGGGACAGUCCGGCGGUAAGAUAGUAAUUUGGAACAUCGCACCAGUGAUAGACGAAUAUGCCGAAAACAAUCCCAAAGUACCUAAAAUGCUGUGCCAAAUGGACAACCAUUUGGCUUGCGUUAACGUCGUGAGGUGGAGCAACGGUGGGCAUCUCCUGGCUUCCGGCUCCGACGAUAAACUCGUAAUGAUAUGGCGCUUAACCAACGAAGGUAGUUCGACGAUAUUCGGCAGCGGCCAAGUAAACGUAGAAACCUGGAAAUGCAUAUACACUUUAAAUUCGCACAACGGAGACGUAUUGGACCUCGCUUGGGCGCCCCACGACGGCUGGUUGGGCUCCUGUAGUGUCGAUAACACGGUAAUUAUUUGGAACGCCCAGCAUUUUCCAGAAAAAGUCGCUGUAUUGAAAAACCACACUGGGAUGGUGAAGGGCAUCACUUGGGAUCCAGUCGAUAAGUACAUUGCUAGUCAAUCGGACGAUAAAUCUCUGAGAAUUUGGCGUACUUCGGACUGGUCUCAACAGGAAGUAGUCACCGAACCUUUCAACGAAUGCUCGGCCACUACGCACGUUCUGAGAUUAGCCUGGUCGCCGGACGGUCAGUACUUAGUCUCCGCUCACGCCAUGAACGGCGGGGGUCCCACGGCCCAGAUUAUAGAACGUGAAGGCUGGCGUCAGGACAAGGACUUCGUGGGGCAUAGGAAGGCCGUGACCUGCGUGAGAUUCAAUUCGAACAUACUCAAAAAACAGGAGGGCAACAACGCCAAGCCUACGCAGUAUUGCUGCUGCGCCGUGGGAUCGAGGGACCGGUCUUUAUCCGUGUGGUUGACUUCGUUAAAAAGACCUUUGGUUGUGGUUAAGGAUCUCUUCGACGAUAGUGUGUUGGAUAUGUCGUGGAGUAGUAACGGGUUGUAUUUAAUGGCGUGUUCUUGGGACGGUACAGUCGGUUGUAUUAUUUUUACUCAAGCAGAAAUCGGGACGCCUCUAACAAUGGACGAAAAGAACGAGUUGUACGAGAAAAUGUAUCACAAAUCGUUUCAAAAGAAUUGGAAUCUAAACGUUGGUGGUUCCCAAAUCGUGGAGAACCCCGAGCUGCUCGGAGUCCUCGAUGAAAUCAAUAAGAAACAAGAAGUUACUAAUCCGAUUUCCAUCGAAAUCCAGGAUCCGCCUAGAUCGAUUACGCCUAUAAAGGAAACCAGCUACAUUCCGUGCGAGUCGCCCAAAAUAAAUUUAGUACCGCAAAACAAGCAGUUAGAAACUAGAUUGCCAUCGGGCAAGAGGCGUAUAACCCCUAUGUUACUCACCGUUAAAGAAACCACUAACAACAACAACGAAAAAUCCAAUUCGCUCACUCCUAUAGCAUCGCAAUCGUCCUUCAGCAAAUCGUCUCCGACCAAAAGCCAGAUCAUCGUAGAGACCGUGCAGCUACAAGACGUUCCGAAACUAUCAGUACAAACCAGCAGCAGUCAAACCAAAUUCCAAACGAACAAUUUGGUCAGUAAAGUAAACCACGCUCCGCCCAGCAUCCACAUAAACCAAUUGAUGUGCUGCGAAGUCCCGGGAGACGAGCCCAUCGUGAAGUUCAUCAACAUUUUAGAUCCUACGAAGUUGCCUCCGGGCGUGGCCGUUACCAAAGACUGCGGGGUAAUUAAAUUACAAAUAACGAACAACUGCCAUAAGACAUUGAAGGGAUUCUUGUCGAAAAUCGAGGCGUUCAAAAACGUAAACGACAAAGAACUCAAAUGGGACACUUAUUUAGGUUCCUUGAUUCGUUGCUUGGCUGCGAACAGAAAGAUGAUUGUGGCUUGUUGUGAGGAUUUAACGAUAAAUUGCUACGAUAUUCGAACGGGUACCAGGAUAAUGUCGCCUAUACUGAUAGAAGAUUUGGUUUCUUCGGUGUGUCUCACGCAAGAAGGAAGAUGCUUGGUACUGACGAAAACCGGCCUGAUUCACAUGUGGGACUUGGAGGCUCAAAAGAAUAUUCUCUCUCGGGUAUCCGUUAGAGGAUUGUUAACUGGAAAAGGCUCGGUUAACGGUUGUAGCCUAGGGCCUUCUAAUCAGCCUGUGAUAACUCUAACGGACGGUCGAGCAUAUACUUACAAUUUAGAUUUACUUACAUGGGUGCAGUUAUCGAAUCCUUUAGAUCCAGUUUGUGCGAGCGGAUGUCACCUUACGAAGAAAUUACCGAACACUUUACCGCUGGCCUCUUUACAGAAGUACAUGAGCUAUCAAAGGAAUAUAGACUCGUUACCGCCGGGUGUUACGCUCAGUUUUCUCGAAUCUCAAAUUAUGGCCACAGGAGUGUUGGAAUCGAGCGUAGAAUACAAACAUUGGCUGUUCACCAUCGUGAAUCAUCUAUUAGAAAAGGGUCCUGAAUGUAGACUGCGUGUGAUUUUGGAUGAUUUAAUGGGCCCCACUCACAUGAGUGCAAAGAAACCAAAAAUCGAUACAGUCUUGGGAUUAACAAAAUUGGACCUUCUUAAGGAAAUACUAGACAUAAUUAAAACGAAACUGCCAUGGCAAAGACUGUACAAAGAAUAUAACGAGCAAUUAAUAAAUUUAGAUUGA